UAUACACCUUCCAUCCCUUCCUUCCUUUCUAAUACUACAAAAACAAUUUGUGUAAUAUUUCAUGGAAGAGUUCUACGAGUCAGAGAUCAUGUGGCCGGAGAUUAAUUCCGACCGGCGCCGGAAACAAGCAACACAUAUUGUUUCUACUACACUGGCUUUGAAUAAGAGUACGAAGCUAAAUCACCGCACCGAUGCUAUUAAUAUACCCAUCAAAUGGCAAGGAUCUUUGCAUGAGUACAACAUUGAUGAUGAUGAGCUGAUUAGUGGGAAUUCAGAGGUGAUACCACCGCAUAUUUUGGCAGAAAGGCGAAGAAAGACGGAGAAGAUGGCUUUUUCAUUAUGUUCGGGUCAAGGACGAACACUAAAAGGCCGAGAUUUGAAGCAUGUCCGGAAUGCUGUUUUAAGAAUGACCGGAUAUCUUGAAGGAUGAUUAAUUCAAGAUAUUCGGAAAUUCUCAACUUUGAUGAUCAAUUGUAGGUAGGAAAAAUGUAAAGAUUAAUGCGAGGAAUUGAUGAAAAGAAUAAGGUCAAUAUUUGCAAUA